AUGGCUGACAUCGAAUACAACGCCGAGGAGGCUGCCGAGAUCAAGAAGAGAAGACAGUUCCGCAAGUUUUCUUACCGCGGUAUUGACCUCGACCAGCUCCUCGACCUUUCCUCCGAGCAGCUCCGUGAUGUUGUUCACGCCCGUGCCCGCAGACGCUUCAACCGCGGUCUGAAGCGCAAGCCCAUGGGUCUCAUCAAGAAGCUCCGCAAGGCCAAGCAGGAGGCCAAGCCCAACGAGAAGCCCGACCUCGUCAAGACCCACCUCCGUGACAUGAUCGUCGUCCCCGAGAUGAUCGGUUCCGUCGUCGGUAUCUACUCCGGUAAGGAGUUCAACCAGGUUGAGAUCAAGCCCGAGAUGGUUGGCCACUACCUGGCUGAGUUCUCUAUCUCUUACAAGCCCGUCAAGCACGGUCGUCCCGGUAUCGGUGCCACCCACUCUUCCCGUUUCAUUCCCCUCAAGUAA